CCAUACGUCAUAGCAGUGUGAGGACGACAGCGCCAGCCUAACAGUCUGAUGCCGGAAGUGGGCGGGGUAGCAGUCUAAUGCCGGAAGUGGGCGGGGUAGCAGUCUGAUGCCGGAAGUGGACGGAGUUAAUGUUUAACUAUGGCGGAGCACACGGUAGAACAAGGAAAAGAAGAAGAGAAGAAGAUUUCACAUUUCACAGAUGUGGAUUGGGCUGCAGACAAUCUCUUCAUUUCCACUGUCUCUACUGUACAGCCACAAUUCUCAGGAGAGAUGUUUUUCAUAAUCAUUUAGAUGUAUGUAAAGGGAAGCUGCUGUCCACUACCACUAGUGCAACAUUUACUCUCCCAGGGGUCGUGAACAUGCCACCGACUACUGGGACCCCAUCAGCUACCAGCACUCUAUACAACAUGCCACCGACUACUGGGACCCCAUCAGCUACCAGCACUCUAUACAACAUGCCACCGACUACUGGGACCCCAUCAGCUACCAGCACUCUAUACAACAUGCCACCGACUACUGGGACCCCAUCAGCUACCAGCACUCUAUACAACAUGCCACCGACUACUGGGACCCCAUCAGCUACCAGCACUCUAUACAACAUGCCACCGACUACUGGGACCCCAUCAGCUACCAGCACUCUAUACAACAUGUCACCGACUACUGGGACCCCAUCAGCUACCAGCACUCUUUAUAACAUGCCACCGACUACUGGGACCCCAUCAGCUACCAGAACAGCAUUUAACGUGCCAGGCAGGGUUCCUGCACGGCCUGUUAUUAAACAGAAAUGCCCAAUGUGCAGUACCCUCAUGAAUAAAAAAAAUAUAAAAAAACAUAUUGACCGUAAACACACAAAUCAACCAAUUCAGGACAUUAAUGCCAGAUUCCACCUUGCAAGCCAGUGUGUGGACAAAUCUAAUGGCAUAUUCACAGUGCUUAAAGUUGCAAGGGGUCAGAGUAGUCCUCUUCAUGUCCAAUACAAAACAUGGGGAGAACAACAAAAAGUCUGCUGCGAAUCAAACGAUUGCCAGGUAAACAUGGAAGUAGCACAGAGGAGUGGUCUGUUAUCCUAUCAGUGUAUGCAUGUCAGAUCUGUAAGUUUCUGCACAUCCUCAGCUGAAGCAGUCUCUCUAAAGGAAGAUGUUUUAACAGAAAUGGUGAGAGCAAAGUGGUUUGGUGACGAGAAGAAAAACAUAUGCCUUGCUUGUCAGCAGCUUGCCGUUUCUAGCAGUGUACCACUGUCUGUAGAAACCUCAAUUGGCAGCCCUCAAACAAAAAAGUUCAUCUCUGUUUUUGAGCCAAAUGUGUCCUAUUAUAGCCGGUUGGGGCGUGUCAUUGUUGUUUACAACACCAAAUUAAACACAUGGCACUGCCCCUGUUCCAAAGUGCGCCGUUCGUGUCCGCAUAAGUACAUUGCGAAAUGGCAUCUAUUUCAAACAGACCGUGAGCUUUUCCGUACUGUCUUCAGCAGAGAAGAAUCCCCACCCCAAAAGGUACAUACACAUUCAGAGGAGAGCAACGUCACAGAAGACCAUCCAUUGUAUCCUCCACAUGAUCUGGGACUGAAACAAAUGGUACAGUACAUUCUACAGAACAAGAUGAUACCUGCUGUCCUACCAGACAAUAUACGUGCACCAUCACUAGGCAAAGACUACCCAAAAUAUCUUUGUCCAGAAGAAACUGUGUGUCAUAGAUGCCCAGGUGUCGUCCCCCUUAGUGACCCUAUUUUAAUUACAAAGAGAGCUAAAAUAUUCUCCAACUGGUGCAUUGUUGAAGAAGUAUCCACCUACUGUAAGCAGUGCCCACUGUGUGGAAUGUUUUAUCGCUACCAAGAGUGGAAAGACCAACUCCACAACUUUAACGACCACAUCAUCCUUGACAUACACUUAUGCCUAACCUUAAGAAACCUUCUACAGGCCCAUACUGCUGUGAGCAGAGCAGUCGAGUUUUUGCAAGAUAUGACAGGUGUGAAGUUUCCACCAGCAGACACAGUGCUUCAUGCAUACUUGCACUUUGAGGCCCUUACUGAUCAUGAGUACAAGUAUUCCUGCAUUACUUGUGGUGAUCAUCCCCCUGUGGUGAUCAUGGAUUUACACAAAAAAGGUGUUUUCCAUUUAUCAGUAAGUGACAUCCAGGGUCCUGCAGAGAAUUUUGAUGGGGAGGUCAACCUGGAAAAGUUUUGGGAGGCCAUGUCCUGUGAUAUGAUUGGUCGUGGAUUUGUUGCAAGUGGUAGACACAAUCCAUGUGCGGUAUCACCAACAUACCAUUUUUGGGCUCCUUGGAUAGGGAAGGCCACACGGCGUUCAGACUCUGUACUAAACACAGAGUUUGAAAAGAUUCAUGUUUCGAAGACUGUAUCUGAAAUUUCUGAAAUUACGGUUACAGAGGACAGACUCAGAGAAGAACUAUACAAACAAAAGGUUGGGGUCAUUCGGAAGUUAUGUAAAGAAUGUGGCUUGGACUCCAAUGGAUCCCGCAGUGAUCUUCUUCUGAGGUUGUCAAAUGAAAUGAAAUCCAGACAAACGUAUGACAAAAUCUUUGACAAAAUCUGGGGGGCCUCUGGAGGCUGGGCAGUGAUCAUGUGCCCAUGUGGGAUUGUUUACAGUAUCAAAUGCAAUCUCCGAGCUGAGAGCCCUCGAGACUUUGCAGACUUACUAUUAUCCUGGAACCAUAUGCCAAAUGUCAUAAUUUAUGACUUUGCACGGGGUCUUGCAACUCACUUGAAUUUAAGGGCAUCAGAAGAGGUACCCAUCUCUCCAUUUGAAGGUCGCUUGGCAGAACCACCCACUCAAUCCAACAUCGAAUUGGCCAAAUGUGGACAGCUUAAAGUGUCGCUACCUUGGCUGAACACUAAGAAGACGGAGCCAGACCUUAAUGGUCACCCAGUGACGGGUUCAUCGGAUCACUAUGUGCUGUAUGAUCGGUUUCAUGAAGCCAAUACAAAAGACAGCAAAGAUGUGUUGAGGAAGCUCACUCUAGUACCUCAAUUGGCUGGCAAAGUGAACAGCCAGGUUGCAGAGCAACUCUUCGCAAAGAUGAAAAAAAACAACUACUUUUUGAACAUGUCUUUGCCAUCAACCCAUCUCUUUCAAAUGAGGAACAUAAUUCAUCACUAUAAUGAAAAGAAAAACAACAAAUUGCUGGAAAGAUUAAAGAAGACAUUUGGGGGCAUGAUGGUGAAAAAUGUGUAUGGACAAGCUGUGUUUGGUAAUCCUUGUUUCUCCCCUGAGGAACCAGGUGGGACUGAUGUUGUGAUGGAGGACAGUACCCCGGCUGCUACAAUGGUUACAACUGGUGGAAUGGUUUGUGACAUUAAACGCUUAUCUGCCAGUAGAAGUUGUUGGGAUUUACAGCCAAGUGAUUGGCAGUCAUCAAUGCUUGACCAGAUUUUGAGUAAAAAUGACAGAGAUGAGACAGUUGCUCAAGUUGGAAGCAUUAAACUGCAGCGAAAAGAUUUCUUGACCUUGGGCUUCAAUGCAGAGCUUGAGGCAACAACUGCAAACAGCUGCCUUGAUGUGAUCGUCAUGAUGGCUAAGGAAAAGGGAACAGAUGUGUUUGCAGCAAAUUGCUAUGUUGUAGUUACCUGGCUACCACCACUUGAUUUGGACCCAUUUUUAUCGUUUCCAGAUAACAUAGGAUCCAAGGAUUACAUUCUGCUCCCUGCUUGGAUGCCAGGACACUGGAUGCUAUGUUAAAUUGACAAACAGAAUCGCACCAGGACCAUGGAAGCUGAUCAAAAACAAGAAUGUUCCACAACAGUUGACCGGCUCUGUAGACUGUGGGGUCUUCAUGCUAAUGUAUGCUCUGCACAUGGUCUUUGAGACACCCUUUGAUUUCACAGCUGUAAGUCUUUGUUAAAAAUAUAUAUUUUAACUAAAUAAUAUAAUCUAUUAAAUUGAUCUAUUAACACUUUUUCCCCCCUUAUGCAAGUGUGAUUUCCCUCUUAUUCGAAACUGGUGGUGCCUUAUUCUGAUGGAGAACUUUGCCAUUGAAAGGUAACUCUCUCGCUCUCAAGUUUUUCUCUGUCUAUAAAUUAACUUAAAAAUGUAUUUGUCACAGGAAACAUGCUGCCGUUGAUGUGCAGGUGCCACCUAAAGCACAAGAAACUGAAAUCGGCGACAAGGAACUACAGAUAGUCAAAGACCUCAGGACCGCAGUUGCAUGGCUCCGGGAAAACUGCCACUAGUUCAGAGGUUUUGUGGAAGAGCCGUGGUACCUUAACCUAAAUAAGGAAGACCAGGAAAAGGCCCUUCUUAAACUUGAUCAGGCAGAAAAUAAAGAUGAUCUGGAACUGGCCAAAGAGCCUUUCAUGUUUCAGUUCCAGUUUAAGGAAGACAUGGAACUUUUUCUCAGCAAGUGUCAUGAUGAAAGGCACAUCAGGAUUAACUGCAUUUGUAUGGAGUUUUGAUUUAUUUUAAUUAUUUUUCACUUGAGAAUUAUUGUUAAAUGUGUGCCUGCAUAACUUUUAUAAGAUUUAUAUUCUUUGGUUUGAUUUAGUUUUAUAUAAUUUAUUUAUUAUUUAGUUCAAUUUUGUAUUUUUAUUUAAUUACUAUUAUUUAUUUAGAGCAGGUACAGCUAGUGUGUGAUUCUUUUGAUAUUUCAAAAGAUGAUUUGAUGAAAAAACUAAUUUUAUUUAAAUUAAUCAUUUUUGUUUUUUCAGUCCAUCAUAUAUUUGUUGUGUUCUAUGAAAGAUU